UUGUCCCUUUCUUUAAAAUAAUUGCUUUGCUGCCUUUUGGGGGUGAGGAAGCAUGGUGCUGUGGCCUGAUGGCACUAAUCUCUGCUGUGGUGGGGAUGUUUAAGUAAUGAGGUGAAUUCUUGUGACUAUUUGAGAUAUAUGAGCUGGAGCCAGCUGGACAGGUCCUGGAAUUCUUCAGCUCUCUGCAUCAGUUCCUGUGGCAUGUACUGGACUGCCAUGCUUGGGCAAUGCUUGUUCAGGUUCUUUUCUUGUGUUUUGAAAUGAGGGAAAGAAUCUGCAGGAGGUGGUGUGGGGUAAGGCAGCCUCUGAAAGUCCAAGAAGCGUUGUGGAAAUGGAGCAUGUCCAGUGGGAUUCAUCUCUUCAAGCAGACUUCUUUCUAGAGCUCAUUUGCUCUUCCCUCCUCUGAGCAUAUCUUCUGAUGAGAUCUGAUCCCCAUUAGAAAUAGGGAUGGGGGUAGUCAGCCUCACAUGCCUCCGUAGUCUGGCCCUACGUCUCCUGGGGUUUUAGCUCUUAGGACAGAGAAGAUUUUACUGAGGAGUCAGUAGUGGCAAUAGUUAGAGGUGAUAUUUUCCCGCCCUGGCUCCUUUCCCUUCCUGCAAAGAAGGGCAGGGUGGAUUUGGCCAUGGGGAUCACAAGGAGCACUAUGUGGGCAGCUCCCUGAGAUCCUGGAUGUGGCUCAAUGUGCUGACCAAACAGCGACGUGGCUAUCCCAGGAAUGCCUGAGCUUCUAUAAAGGGCACAGGAACCUGAAAUUAUCUUUCUGCUCAUUUCAUCUGGUGCUCCCUCCCCAGCCACACGCCAAAAGCAGCACACCCUUUUCCCUCACAGAAGGGGACAACUUUUGGGUUUUGCUGAGUUGAACUAGCAUGGGAGUUAAAUGAAUGACAGCAGUGUUUUUGCUGGGAGGGGCUGCCCUAUGGCACCCUAAGUACUUGCCCUGCAGGAUCCCUGGAGGCUGGCUCUGUUAUGUGACUGUAAUAGGUCCUUGACCCAAGUGUCAUCCCGGCUGAGUACUUCAGCAGCUGCUGAGGUUGCUGUUGGAGCCCAAACCCCUCUUCUGCUUUACUGUCUCUUAUCUGCUGCUGCUGUUUUGCUGCGUUGCAUUUCUUCCCCAGUAAACCGGGCGAAGGUGUGUUCAGUGCUGAGAGGCCCCAAAUGAUUUGCCUGGAGAAGUGGUCUUCGUUAUCUGGCAUUGUAUCGCGUUAAACGGUAUGAGGAGAUGAUGCCACAGAAGAAGUACAAUGAGGAAGGAGUUUACUUUGCUUCCGGAAGAGCUUUGGUUGUGCAAGUGCAGUUUGAAGAAAUAACUUCUCUCUCAUAUCAGUGUGAAUGGAUUUAAAAAAAAGCCUAAGCUCUAUCUUAUCUCUUCGUGAGGGCUGGAUUACAUUUUUUCCUCUCGCCACUUGGGUCCUUUCUGCUUCUUAAAACACUGCAGAAAAGGUGACUAAACGGUGGUAUGCAAACAUUUAAGUACAUUGAUUUCAGUGGGCCCUUAUGCCACUGACAGAAAUACUGAAAUCCAUGGAAGAAGCAUAUUCUGGGCAGCAAUGCAAAUAAAAAUAUACUGGGUAGGAAGUGGCAGCUGCUGCUUUGCACAGAUCUUUUGCCAUGUAUGUUUGGUUCUACUGUAGCCCUUUUGCACAAAGGCAGCUGGGACCUGUGCUAUUAGCAAGGGGCUGGGAAGCUGGUGUGCAGUAGGAGUCACAGGGUGUGGAAGGGGGUGGCUGUCUGCUCUCUGCAGGUUAUGACCCUGUAAUUCCCUUAUCGCAAAGGAGAAAUAUCGUGGUUACAGCAUGGGAGACACCUGCAGUUAAGAAAGGAGGAAAUGCUACAGGGCAGAGCUGUGACACAUGGACGUGAGUAACAGGAGAAGCUGUGGUGCCCAGGACUUUGGAACACGUGCCUCUUCUGAGGGGUUCCCAGGGUUUAAGAAACACCAAGUGGACAAGCGUUACCUUAUCUGGAAGGGGAACAGUGAGGACAAGCAUCCUUUCGUGGUUAGGAAAAAUUGUUCAGGUCUUCUGAAAAGCCAACAGAAGUAUCCAGGAGAGCUGAGUAGAAGAGGAUAGAGGGAGACCUGAAAAGAGUGAAUCUUGACUGUGGCCCCAGAGAAACCUCUCUUCUUCCUGUGCAUGUUUUGCCGUGGGUCAGCAACUCAUCUUGGCAUUGCUCUGGGCUUUCUGGUCCCUCCUGUGCUGGUUCCUAAUGUGGAAAAUGUGGAGAAGCUGGCCUACCACAUAAGCAUCAUGUUCUUCAUGACAGCAGGCGUGGCAACAGCCCUCUUCAUCCUGGUCGUCAUAGUCUUCAAGGAGAAGCCCCCAUACCCUCCGAGCCAAGCUCAGGCCUUGAUCCAGUCGCGACCGACAGUGGAAUAUUCCUACGUGCAAUCAAUCCUUCGUCUGCUCCGCAACACCAGCUUUGUGCUGCUUAUGGUCACGUACGGUCUGAAUACAGGUUGCUUCUACUCCCUGUCCACUCUGCUGAACCGCAUGGUGAUCCAUCACUACCCAGGGGAGGAGGUGAAUGCUGGCAGGAUCGGACUCACCCUUGUCCUGUCGGGGAUGGCUGGGGCUCUGAUCUCUGGCCUCUGGUUGGACAGAACCAAAACCUACAAGCAGACAACGCUAGUGGUCUAUAUCAUGUCUCUGGUGGGAAUGAUAGUCUACACUUUCACUCUGAGUCUAGGCCACCUCUGGGUGGUCUUUGUGACUGCAGGUGUGCUGGGAUUUUUCAUGACAGGGUACCUUCCCCUGGGCUUCGAGUUUGCUGCAGAGUUGACAUACCCAGAAUCAGAGGGAACAUCAUCAGGGCUCCUUAAUGUCUCAGCACAGAUCUUUGGUAUUGCCUUCACCAUCAGCCAAGGGCAGAUCAUGGAUCGCUAUGGGACGAAGGCAGGAAACCUCUUUCUUUGUUCCUUCCUGCUCCUGGGGACCAUUAUGACAGCAUUCAUUAAGGCUGAUCUCCGAAGACAGCAGGCCAAUGUGGAAAGUGAACGUACAAGACUCCAGGGCAGCAGUCAGAUCACGGAUUAUGGACUUGUAGCUUGUAACCCUAACCCCAUCAAUUCCCAUUCCUGUUCACUAGCUCACACACAAAGAAAGUGAUGCCAGAAGCCUGCACUGUUCCCGUAGUCCUCAAGGAAUCAAAGCUGUAAAAAAGAGGGGUGGCAGAGCUGGGAGAUAGAGGAUUCGGCUCCCCCCUGCCCUCAUUCCCACCUUUGCUACCUGCACCAUCCUCCUGAAUUCUGGUGGGGGGCUGCUGAGAACUGCUCCUAGAGUGAAACGAGAAGGGAAUUGCGUUUGUCGGUUGUACCUCUGCAUCUUGCUGUUCUGGAGACUGUGCUAAGAGGAAAAGUUGGGAGAAACCCCUGCUGCCCCUACCACGUAUGCUUGGAGAAGUCUGGUCGUGUGAGGGUGGCACCUUGCAGGUGGUCUCUUCUCUCAGGGAAGGUGUGACCUGGAAUGCAGAUGCUGGACUAUGUUUACUCUGUGAGUAACCCUGUGGGAGUUGUGAUCCCUCUGAGGGAUUCCUCAGAGUGCCUGUGCUCUUCUGCAUGGUGCACGGGUGAUGAUAGAGCCCUCAGCACAUCACCAGUCACUGCAAAGCAGUGCAGCUGCUGCUGCCAGGAGCAGUUUUUGUAUCAGGCUAAGGAUAAUCCGCCUUAGAAUUCACUGAAGUUGCUCUGAUGUAGUAGGAGUAACUGAGAGGAACCCAUGGAUCUCCUGUUGGAGGCAAGGUCUAGUUCUGGGGCAGAUGUUGAAGCUACAGCCUGAGCCCAGCUCAACACUAUGCCAGCAACAGGACAGUUGGACAACAGCGUGAGGAUCACAUCUUCCUCCUCACUGACAAAGUGCCUUUUGCAGGUUUUGACACUACAGAGAAGUCAGUGGGGUACUACAGUGAGCCAACCAGGCAGGGCUGGCUGUGUUGCCCUGGGGAGUUGUUUUGGGCAUGAUGGGAACAAAAAAGGUGCUGUAGUGUGGGAACUUCCCCCUUAUAAUAGAGAACAGGAGGAAAGGGUGGGGGUUGAAGCCCUCUCACCAGCAUUUGUGUCUCGUAGACACUGCCCCUCUGUAUGCUGCUGCUCAUCUUGCACUCACAAAGGGAGAGAGACCCGUAUAUCCCUUUGCCUUCCUUUCCAGCAUCCAUCCCCUGGUGGGAGACAUCAAGUGUUCUUAAACUUAGAUCAUGCAAUGAUGUACGUGCCAUUUUGGAAUAACAAAAAACAAAGCACAAAUAUGGAAUGGAUAAAAACGGCCUUCUCUAACAUAGGGUUUUUAACAAAACUUUUUUAAGAGAAAAUGUGCAGUGUUUGAACCAGAAGUCCUUUCUUUGAUAGUUGGGGCCUAAAAUGGUUUUUAAAUGUAAAUUUUAUAUUAAAAAACACUAAGUGUAUAAUGCAAGGUGACAAUUUCAUAUUAAAUGCUUGAAACUGUCUCCAGGUGGUUUUUGUUUAAUAGCCUGAACUAUACUGCAGAAUAAUCCUUUUUUUGCCCGCUGCUACUGUUGUGUUCUUUUCCUCUUUCCCUUUCUUCUGCACAGGCUUCCCAGCUGGCAGCUCCUUCUGGUUCCAU